GGAGAGCUGCACAAGUUCGGUCCCCCAGCCUGGGAGUCGGAGCGAGCCGCUCGCGAGGAGGGGAUUAGCAGCCUGUAAAUCCUCAGCGUUAUUCAUUCCCCUGACACUUCCUCACCCGCUCACACUCACACGGGACCGGGCCCGGCUCACCCCUCCCUCCUUCACAACAACUCAAUUCAAAUUACCAGCCUGCAGCAAACAUGCCAAGCCAGGUAAAAGCCGCGGCAGAUGUGGUCGAUGCAGAAGAGCUGACAAUCUAUCCACCCCCUCCGCCACUGCAGGAAAAUGCAUACGUUCCAGACCUCAGUACAUACAGAGAGCUGUACAACAAAUCCAUCCACCGCCCGCAAGAGUUCUGGACAGAUGUUGCUUCAGAGUUUUACUGGAAAAGCCCGCCGUCAGGGAAGGUGCUGGAUUAUAAUUUCGAUCUCACCAAAGGAAAGAUUUAUGUGGAGUUCAUGAAAGGGGCAAAAACCAACGUUUGUUACAACGUCCUGGACAGGAAUGUCAUGGAGAAAAACCUGGGUGACAAGACAGCAUUUUUCUGGGAAGGCAAUGCACCCUCAGAUUCGUGCGUCAUCUCAUAUGGUUAUCUCCUUAAACAGGUCUGCAAGUUUGCCAAUGCCUUACGAAAAUUAGGAGUGAAGAAAGGGGACAGAGUGGCCAUUUAUUUACCAAUGAUCCCAGAGCUGGUGUACUCCAUGCUGGCUUGUGCUCGAAUAGGUGCCGUCCAUUCUAUAGUAUUUGCAGGGUUUUCUUCGGAUUCUUUGUGUGAAAGGAUCAUGGACUCUCAGUGUGCGGUCCUCAUCACUGCAGACGGUGUCUUUCGAGGAGAAAAACUGAUCAACUUGAAACAUAUUGCAGAUGAAGCUAUAGGAAAGUGCAAAGAAAAGGAUCAGCUUGUGAAGAACUGUAUUGUGGUGAAGCACCUGAGCGGGCGUCUGAACAACCAAAAUCAAGCGAAGCUGCAGACCGCGUGGAACUCCGAUGUUGACGUGUGGUUGGAUGAGCUGAUGAAGGACGCCGGUGAUGAGUGUGAACCUGAAUGGUUGGAUGCCGAAGAUCCUCUUUUCAUCCUUUACACUAGCGGCUCCACCGGAAAGCCAAAGGGCGUGUUGCACACUGUUGCUGGCUAUCUCCUCUACACGGCUCUGACAUUCAAGUACGUGUUUGACUACCAUGAGGAUGAUGUCUACUGGAGCACCGCAGACAUCGGCUGGAUAACUGGCCACUCCUAUAUAACGUAUGGGCCUCUGGCCAAUGGUGCCACCAGCGUGAUGUUUGAAGGAAUUCCUACAUACCCACACGUAGGAAGAUUUUGGGAGAUCAUCCAGAAGUAUAAGGUGACCCAGUUUUACACUGCACCCACUGCCAUUCGUUUGCUGAUGAAAUAUGGGAAUGAAAACAUUGAAAAGUUUGAUUUAAACUCUCUGAAGAUUCUGGGCACUGUCGGAGAACCGAUAAACUCUGAAGCCUGGCUGUGGUAUUACAAUGUAGUCGGAAAUCAGAGAUGCCCCAUUGUUGACACCUUUUGGCAGACAGAGACCGGAGGGCAUGUUAUCACGCCGCUUCCUGCCGCUACUCCUUUGAAACCAGGAUCAGCUACAUUUCCAUUUUUUGGAGUCGUCCCAGCUGUUCUGAAUGAACACGGAGAGGAGCUGGAAGGAGAGGCCGAAGGUUAUUUGGUCUUCAAGCAGCCGUGGCCAUCAAUAAUGAGAACUUUGUAUGGCAACCACGAACGCUAUGAAAAUACUUAUUUCAAAAAGUUCCCUGGAUACUAUGUUGCGGGUGAUGGGUGCAGGAGAGAUAAAGAUGGCUAUAUCUGGGUUACGGGAAGAAUCGAUGAUAUGUUGAAUGUUUCCGGUCACCUGCUGAGUACUGCGGAGGUAGAGUCCGCACUUGCCGAGCAUCCCGCGGUAGCAGAGGCUGCAGUAGUGAGCCGGCCGCAUCAGGUCAAAGGAGAAUGUCUGUACUGCUUCGUUAUCCUAAAAGAUGGCAAGAAAUUCACAGAGCUGCUCGCUGAAGAAUUAAAGAAACAAGUUCGUGAAAAAAUUGGACCAAUUGCCACCCCAGAUUUUAUCCAGAAUGCUCCUGGAUUACCAAAAACGCGAUCAGGUAAAAUCAUGCGUCGCGUGCUGAGGCAAAUUGCACGAAACGAGAAGGAUCUCGGAGACACAUCGACUCUUGCAGACCCGCAGAUUGUUGAGGUCCUGUUCAACCAACGAUGUGAGGCAGCAGCGUGAAUGAUUUUCUCCAGUCACUGCUUUAGACAAUCAUUAACUCGCUCACAGACUCGUGGGUAUUCCACAGAUUUCUGGAAAUCCGUCCACAUGGAGGCAUCUGCCAUCUCCUGGAAAUCCGUGACUUCGUUGUAUCAAAUAUAUGAAUACAAGGGAAUUAAUUUGCCUAUAAUUUUCCUAUUCUGUGUUUUGUAAAGCACAACGGUUGACUUUUAUACUUCUUCAUUCAAACCAAUUGUAUCCUAUCAUUGAUUGUUCAUAUUUUUACACCGUUACUAUAUCACCACAAAUGACGACGUUGUUAACGGGAUGAACAAUAGGACUUUUUAAAACAGUCUGUGUGUCGCAUAGCAUCAUGGCCAUAGCAUCCUAUCUAUUGUGCAAGGGUUCAUAUGAGAAUGGUAUACUAUAUUAAUGUGACUGUAAAAGUAAUAAUUUUACGAUAAACACUCUUGCUGGCUUGUA